AUGGAGGAUGUGCCAGAUGAUCAUGGUCGUCGCAAGCGAGGGCGCCCACCUAAGACGCCAAAGGUCGCGUCAGCCACAAAUCUCGUUGCUCUUCCACCGUCGCAGAGACCCAAACAAUCCCCUUCCCAGUCACAUAGUUCCAUUCUCCCUCCUCAACCUAUUCUACAACAUACUACGGUCGCCCCACAGACAUCCCCAACCCCCAAAACUACACCCACAAAGUCACUCAUUAAGGCGCUUCCCACAGUUAGAGAUCACACCACUGACCAGCUAGGGGAGGAGUGUGAUGAAUACAUACCGAAGGAGUUUGAUGAGAGUGGUGAGAAGAAGGUCGACGCGCUGGGAUACCCACAGGACAAGCGCAAAUACAAGUGCAGGACAUUUUGUGUACCAAACCGCGGAAAGAAACUAUUCAUGUUGGCCACAGAAUGUGCUAGAGUGCUAGGAUAUCGAGAUUCUUAUCUUCUAUUUAACAAAAACAGAUCACUCUACAAAAUUAUUGCGAGUCAAGCGGAGAAGGAUUCCUUGAUCCAGCAGGACAUUUUGCCCUACUCCUAUCGCUCUCGACAGAUCGCGAUUGUAACGGCGAGGUCCAUGUUCCGUCAGUUUGGGAGCAGAGUGAUUGUUGAUGGACGACGUGUUCGGGACGACUACUGGGAAAGCAAGGCGCGAAAGCAGGGCUUCACUGAGGAAGAUAUGGCGGGUGAGAAACGACCUGGAGCGGCCAAGGCUAGAGAUGCGGCGGCGGCGGCGGCGGCGGCGGCGGCGGAAGCUGCUAAUGCUGGACUGAUACCAAACUUGGGUCAGAGCGAUAUCAUAUACAGCAACGGCCCUCAUAUCGACGGCAUGCCACCCGACAUGCCUCCGCAUCCGGCGAAUUUGACACCGCUUCCCAUGAUACACUUGGCGCCAGCAGAUGAUCCACGGAUGAGAGAGUUUAAUAGCAUACCUCGACCGAGACAAGAACCUACUGGGCAGCCAUUCCACGACCGUACUCAACCUAGCAGUAGUGCAGAAAUAAUGAACCAUGCUUCGCAUACAGCUGAUUUCAGCAAAAUUUUAAAUCAGCAACGAGGUUAUCGUGCGAAAGGCUUGGAUGAACACUGGAAUAAACAACGAGACACCCCUGUCUCCAGUCAAUCACCAGCCACUCAGGUAGACCCAACCCCAGGUGUUCCUCAACCACUACAAUCACCGCAAUUAACAUCAAGUAUGCUUGCUCCCAAUCAGCACCCGAACGUCCUGGCUCAUCCGCAAAUGAUGACUCCCCAACAAUCCUAUUCCCAGCCCGCUUAUCAGCAAACUCCCAUAUCUCAAUCCCCGCUGCGCGGAAUGCCUCAAGGAAUGCGCCCUGAUCAGCUCCAGCAUCGCUCGUCCACCAUCUCCCUCACCUCUGCCAGCUCAAGUCAGGGUUCGCCAUACUCGUACUCCCAGGGUCAACAGCUGUGGGGUCAACCACCGCCACAGCUACAACCAUCUCCCCUCUCCACCUCCCAUACACUCAGCAUACCACAGUACACCCCACAAAUUCAUCCGCAACAGCAACAGCAACAAUCUCCCUCACCCCACCUACAGAACACCCAACCCCGCCACCCUUCCCAGUCUCCGCGCCACCAGCAUCGCCCUACACCCUCGCAGCUCCACUCACAGCCUCAACCACCAUCCCAACAACAACAGCAGCAGCAACAACAACAACAACAACAACAACAACAGCAACAACAACAACAACAGCAACAGCAACAGCAACAGCAACAACAACAAAACCUUGCAGCCAUGGGCUACCCGGGCGUCUCGACGGCACAAGCAUAUUCUAGCAUGGCAGCCGCGCGCACCAUGUACCCGUCGUCUCAAGGCCCCGCUGGCUCGCAGCAGUUUAUGUCCGCCCCCCACCAGCAACCGUCAGUGCUGGGGAUGGGCAUGGGGACCAGCGCACCGUUGCCGGGAUGGCCUAGUACGACGGCGGGAGGGCCGUUGCAGCCUGGUGGCCAGCAGCAGCCGGGGCAACCGCCCAGUGGAUGGCCGUCGACGUAUUAA